AACUCUUAACACACUGGUUUAAUACGGACGUCACAUUUAAAUCCACUGAAGACCUACUUCCCACUACGAGAACUUCGUUAUUGAUCGGGAAGCUGAAUAUUCAAACUAACACUCAUUCGGGAUCCAGUGAUUUCCAGAGUUUUCCUAUAUGCCUAUUCGUACUUCACGGGCUAUUAGUAGUGCGAGACCUGUGUACAUAGCAUUAGUGUGCUAAAAUCACUGAAGUGCGCAUAAGUAAACAAAUUUAAAAUUUUAUCUAAUCGCGUGUUUAUUCUCCGCUUACAAGACUGCACAUUGUGUGCAAUGGCGGACAAAGGAAAACAGCGAAAAAUUUUGAUUGCUAUGGACGGGAGCGAAUACUCUGAAGGGGCGCUAAAAUGGUUUGUCAACCAUUUGUAUCAAAAGGAUGAUGACGUCACCGUACUGCACGUCACCGAUCACAGAAGUUCCGCUUCCUAUGGAUCUAACUGGAUGCCUGUGGAUCCUACGUUCGUCCACACAGCGUUUAAAGAGGAGGAAGAGAAGGCCAAAAUCACAAUCAAGAAACUGGACGCAAUAUUAAUGGACGCUGGGGUUCAAGGAAAUGUUGUUCGAGCACACGGCGACCCUGGAGAACAGAUCGUCAAAACGUCGGAAGAGCUAGGGGUUACCAUGAUCAUAAUUGCCUGUCGUGGGCUUGGGAAAAUCAGGCGGACUAUCAUGGGAAGUGUUAGCGAUUAUGUGGUCCAUCAUUCGUCUAUACCGGUCGUUGUUUGUCGCCAUUAAAAGAAUCAGGAAUUCGUUUUGCUGUGUUCUGCACAAUUGCCUGUGUCGUUUUGUUUUACUUUUCUAUGUGUUUUUAUCUUUUAUAAGUAUGAACUGUAUUUUUUCUUUUAUAAGUAUGAACUGUAUAAAUGUGAGGGGUAUAAAUACACCGAUGUUUGUCUAACAGCAUAAUUUACAGUAAUGUACAUGUAAAUGAAAGCAUAUUCUACUUCUUACAGUACAUGUGUAAGCAUAUAUAUAUACUGUACAAUGAAUAUAUGCAACAUAAUUUUUAAAAUGAUAAAUCCAGUAAAUGCUGAAACUCAGGCUUUUGUUUAGAGUAAUUACAUUGCAUAUAUAUAUUCCUUAUUUUGACAAAAAAGAUAAUUUACGAUCGUGUUUAUACACGUAUUGCUUUAAUUUCGUUAUUUUUGUGCGACAAUGACCCUAUUUAUUUCUGUGUUUCAAGGUUUGUCCCUACCAUUUAUGUAGGUGUAUUGUGUGUGAAGGCCUGUUUCUAUUGACCAUCAACCACUGUUUGUCUUUUUAAAGAGAAAUUUUAAAAAAGUUUAUGUACACUUUAAGAAA